AUGGAGAGUUGUACCUUUCCGAAGUACAGUAACAAUGAUAUUGUUUUACACCUCCGCAACUCCUUGCUGACAGGAAGCGAGGCGAAAAGCUUUACCAAAAGUGAUUUAUUUCCAAAUGUCAAGCCUGAAAUGCUGCAAGUCAUCUUCAUGAGAGCCUUGCAAAUUGUCUAUGGAAUCCGCCUGGAACACUUUUACAUGAUGCCAGUUGCCUUUGAAACGGCGUAUCCUCAGAUUUUUGAAGGCUUCCUACCCUUUGGCAAUCUAUUUAUUCACAUGGAGCAGUUUUUCCCGGUCUGCCGUGUCAAUGACUUCCAGAUUGCUGAUCUCAUAAACCCAAAACCCAAGAGGACGGCUCAUUUCUUGAGUGGCAUUAUUAACUUCCUUUUAUUCCGUGAUUCCCGCCGUGAGGUCUACCUGGAAAUCCAGAGCAUGCAUAAAUUGGCUGUGGAAAAAGUGCAGCAGCUUCAGAUAUCUAUCCAGAAGGCGACAAUGAAGCUGGAAAAACUUGAUACUAUUCCUACUGAUCAACAAGAGGAGUUCAGGGAGCUGUCUCAAGAUAUUCAGCAGCUGCAACACAAGCUCAACCAGGAAUAUCGGCAGAAAACGAGCGCUUUGCAAGAAGUGAUCGGCCAAAAGAGAAUGAGAAUUACAGAAAAAACCCAAAAUCUGAACGAGCUAAAACGCACCAUCUGCGAGCUGAAAGAAGAACAGGAGCAACUGAAGUCCAAGAUCACGGAGUCUCCGGAGGAGCUGACCAGCUGCAAAGAACGCUUGAAGGAGGCUCUCCAGAAGAUCAAGAAGGACAAGCAUGAAGUUAUUCAGAAGUAUGAAGUCUACAGAGAUUUGGUGGAGAUGCUGCCAUCCUGUCAGGCGGAGAUUCAGAUGUAUCAGGAGAAAAUGCGAACCCAGGGAGCAAAUGUGGAUAAGCAGGCCGCUACACUGGCAGAGAUCCGAGCCCUGGAGCACCGGAUUGAAAGCAGCACAAGUGGAUUCAGGAGUUCCAAGACGGAAGAGAUGUCCUUGAAGAGGCUGGUUACUACCAAACGGGAAAAGCUCACCACUACCGAAAUCAAAAUAAAGAAGAUACGCGAGGAUACGGAGCAGCGCAAGCAGGCGAUAACAGAGUAUUGCAACAAGUUUCAGGAAAAAAGAGGGGCUGUUUGUGAGAAGCUGACCUCCGUUCACACUGAAAUCAAGCAACUCAAAGCAGCGAUUCAGCAGCUGAAUGACAACAUUGCAAGGGAGAAAUCGAAAGCACAGGAGAUCUAUCUUAACAUGAGGGUUGGCUUGGAGAAGUACCAUGAAAACCUCGCGAAAAUAGUGGACAGCUACAUAUCUGCAAGAGAAGGCAAAAUUCUGGAACUGGAGACUCUUUUGAGUACAUCAUUCCGCUCUUGA